AUGCAGGCCCCAGACCGCGACGAGGCCGGCGAGGGCAGCGAGGCCGAGGCGGCGGGCGGCGAGGCCGGCGAGGCCGGGGCAGAGGGCGGCGUGGGCGGCCAGGACCACGCGGCCAGCCCCGGAGCGCCUGGUUGCCUGGAGAGCUCCGGCAGCCGGGAAGGCGACGACGCCAGUGGCGUGGGCGGCCAGGGAGCCGAGGGCGAGGCGGCCGGCGCCCCUCAGGCCGGGCAGGGCCCGCAGGCCCUGGGGCCCGGUGGGGAUGCGGCGCCCGCCCCUGUGGCAGCCGCCAGCCGACUGCUGGAGUUCACGCUCACUGUGCCUUUCCGGUCGCCCCUGGAGGCGGACAUGGCCCGCAGGUCCCUGGCCCCACAUGCCCAGCGCCACGGAGGGGUGGUUCACAAGGAGCUGGCGGUGAACGGCAGCGCCCUGGCCGUUAGAUGGACUGCCGAAGACCCUGUGUUCUUCCGAAUUUCCAUCAACUCCUUCCUCGACCAGCUUUCCCUGGUGAUCCGGAACAUUCGGGGCUUUGGGACCCCGCCUCCGCGAAGCCUAGGCCCAGGAAAGAGGAGCUGAGGCCCAGCCCUGUGCCCCACCCCCCCAAGUCAAGGCAAGGGGAGUUGGGACUUAGAGUAGCUGCCACUUUGUUAGAGGGAUCUAAUUGUUUGCCCGCGGGGGUCCUCAGGCCACUUGAUUUCUUUCCCGGUUGCGAGAGGAGAGGAACGGGCGCUUAAAUGUUUGUUACCGCUGCAGAAAAUAAAACUG